GCUUGGAGAAUUCAAAGAAAAAGAAAAUGUUGGUAAGUGCAGCAGCAGCAGCAGCUGGUUGCUCAUUCUUCUACCCUCCAACUCCAAUCAAACCUAAUUGUGUGGGAAUAUCCUUUACCAAAGCAAACGUGCACAUUCAUCCUAAAAUUAAUGGUUUUAGUAGCCAAAGUGACAAAAGAAAUUCAUACUUCUCUCGCCGCUGCAAUCCGCCGCCAUCGGAAGUAGCCGCGGCGGUUGAGGUGCACGGAGGAAUAGGGAUACUUGAUUUUUUUGCAGGGGUAAACAUUUUUGUGACUGGUGCAACCGGCCUCCUUGGAAAAGUUGUUGUGGAAAAGAUAUUAAGAUCAACUUCAGUGGGAAAAGUGUACUUGCUAAUAAAGGCAAAAGACAAAGAAGCUGCAUUUGAUAGAUUAAACUGCGAGAUAUUAAACUCGGAAUUGUUCGCGUGUUUGAAAGAAAAAUAUGGGAAUUCAUUUGGAGCCUUUGUAAAGGCGAAAGUAAUAGCUGUGGUGGGAGAUAUCUGUGAACCAAAGCUGGGAAUGGAUUAUGAAAGUAUUGAAGCAAUUAGAAAAGAUGUAAAUGUUAUAAUCCACUCUGCUGCUUGCACAACCUUUAAUGAGAGGUAUGACUUGAUAGUUGAUACUAAUGUGAUUGCGCCUCAACGAUUGAUGAGGUUUGCCAAGACUUGCAACAAACUCCAACUCUUCACACAUAUAUCCACGGCAUAUGUUACUGAGAGAAGAGAAGGUGUAAUACUGGAAGAGCCAUUGAUGAUGGGAGGAGAAGAUGGUAAACUUGAUGUAGCUGAUGAGAUCAGCUUGAUUCUCAAAUCAUCCAUAAACACCAUUGAUGCCACCAAUUUUUUCAAAAAGCUUGGCCAACACAGAAGUGAAAUGUUGGGAUGGAGUACUACAUAUCAACUAAGUAAGGCUAUGGGUGAAAUGUGUGUGAAUGAAAUUAGAGGAGAUGUUCCUCUUCUUAUAAUUAGGCCAGCUUCUAUUUCAAGCUGCUACAGUGAACCCAUCCCUGGUUGGAUACAAGGAAUGAGGGUGAUGGACCCAGUGAUCGUUUCUUAUGGAAAAGGAAUGAUCCCAGCUCUUUACGCAGAUCCUCAUGUCCCUUUUGAUAUUAUACCAGUAGAUUUGGUAGCAAAUAUGACGAUUGCAGCUAUUGCAAAGCAUGGAAAUACACACGCGACAAUGGCACAACCCACAAUCUACCAUGCUGCAUCUAGUCUUCAAAACCCCUUAACAUUCUUCGACGCUUUCGAAUAUCUAUAUGAAUACUUUAAAGAGGCACCUUUAAUUGAAGGAGCAAAUAUAUCAAGAGUCAAAUUUUUCGACGAUUUUGAGGAAUUCUCCAAAUGUUUAAGAGGGGAAAUUAUGCGACAUUAUGGUGCAAAUGGAGAUAGAAAAAUGGUGCGACAGUGCAAUGCCAAAGCUACAUAUGUUGAACAACUCUGUAAGAUGUAUGAAUUCGCCGGAUUCCUCAAACCAAGGUACCAUACAAGUAACACUCAGAAAUUGAUUGAACAAAUGUCAAAAGAGGAGCAACUUAAUUUUCAAGUGGAUAUAAGAAAUAUCAAUUGGAAAAAGUAUCUUCAAGAAAUUCAUGUUCCAGGACUGAGAAAGUAUGUAACUAAUUAGUCUUAUAUCACAAGAUGUACAUAUAAGGAAUUUGUACACUUGUUCACGUGAGUAUAUGUAAUUCUUCUUUGCAUUAUUAUAUAUGUGAUAAAAUAAUAUCACACCUCAUAUAAAUGAGGGUUAAUAGUAAAAAAAAUACACGAACUAUCACCAAAUUUGCAAAUUGCACAUGACUUUUAAAAAUAUUUUUAGAAUAUACCACAUUUUAAUUUUGUUGUAAUUUACACACGGCGAAAUUUCCGGCGAGGAAUAAGUUUGACCGG